UUCAUUUCAUUUUUCCACAUCCCCAUUUCCCUUUCAACAACCACUGCCAGCAAAUCGAGCCUAAGACUGUUAUAACUUCCAUGGUUGGCGCUUAAACUCGACUGCGAGACCAUCGCCAUCCGCCAUCCGCCAUCCGACAUCGGCCUCUCACUUCUACAUAUUGCCUUGAGUUUUUCACGCUACUCGCUGAUUUGAUGCCCAACUGGCCUGAAUGGUAGUUGAAAGAACACGGGCGUCCUGUUCAACUAUGAAUUGAAUUACUCCAUAGUCCAUACUUUACCAAUCAUCACCAUGAUCAAUGCCGGAGAUACACGCCAUUGAGUUCAUUUCUGAUCCUAAAUCAAAGAGAGAAGGAAAUAUUGAUGUCAAUGGCGGAAUCAAAUGGAAUUGUGAUGAUUGUGGUAACAGUUUUAACUCUGAUUGUAGUUCGAUUAGUGUACAUUCUUCAUUGUUGCGGUAAACCUUUACGACCUUCUAAAGUUAAGCCUCUUAGCACACUCAUUGUUCUUGGUUCAGGUGGUCAUACAGCUGAAAUGAUUAAUCUGUUAUUGGCACUCCAAAAGGACAGGUUUAUACCUAGGUAUUAUAUUGCUGCUACCACUGAUAAUAUGAGUCUGCAGAAAGCUCGCAUAUUUGAGAGCUCCUCUUGUAAUGAGGUGAUGGAAACUGCACAGUACAUGCAGAUAUACAGAAGCCGGGAAGUUGGUCAAUCGUAUAUAACUUCUGUUGGUACAACACUAACUGCCAUUGCUCAUGCACUCUGGCUGAUGAUCAAAAUUAGACCUCAAGUGAUCCUUUGCAAUGGCCCCGGAACUUGCAUUCCUCUAUGUGCAGUUGCCUUCGUGUUUAAGGUAUUAGGGAUUAGAUGGUCAUCAAUAUUUUAUGUGGAGAGCAUUGCAAGAGUUCAAAGGCUCUCUUUAAGUGGUUUGCUUCUCUACAAACUAAGAAUGGCUGAUCAACUCUAUGUUCAAUGGCCACAACUGCAAAAGAAGUAUCCUCGAUCUGUAUACGUUGGUUGUCUCAUGUAGCCAGUUGCUGCAGUGCAUUCUUUGUGGGUUAUUGCUUCUUCUUUCCCACAUUACACGAACGUCGAUGUUCGCAACUUUUGGUACACAAUACACAUCCGAAUUCUUUGAGAUUUUACUAGUCAGUUUUUGACUAAAUGGAUUUUAUAGGCCAUGAUUGUUUGUUAUUGAACAUACAUCUAGUAUUUGAAGCUAACAAAAUAUUUAUAUGUAACAUUAGCUGUGGUCUUUAGUGCUUAAAAGUGGGAAUAUUUGAAUUUUAUACCUA